AUGGCGAGCGCCUUGGUAAAUACGGUGUUGAAGAAGGCGAUUUCCGCCCCAGCUGUUAACUUCCUCAAGAAUGCACCGGCCCUCUUCCACACCAGUGCAACCCAGUCGCACAAAUGGUACCCAGAUUCCGAGUACUUCAGCCAAUUCGAUGGCCCAGUCAUGUUCAACAAUGAGGUCACAAAGAACUGGGUUCUUCCACCGAUGAGUGGUAAAAUGUCCCCCGUGGAGAAAUCCGUGAAGAAUGUCACCCUGAAUUUCGGACCUCAGCAUCCGGCUGCUCACGGUGUGCUCAGGUUGGUUCUGGAUCUGGAAGGAGAGGUUGUGAAGAAUUCCGAUCCACACAUUGGUCUUUUGCACAGAGGCACCGAGAAGCUGAUUGAAUACAAGACGUAUACUCAGGCGUUGCCUUACUUCGAUAGGUUGGACUACGUGUCCAUGAUGUGCAAUGAGCAAUGCUACAGUUUAGCCGUUGAAAAGUUGCUUAACAUUGAUAUUCCGUUAAGGGCUAAAUACAUUAGAACUCUUUUUGCUGAACUUACAAGAAUCCUCAAUCAUAUUAUGGCCAUCGGCACUCACGCCCUUGAUAUCGGUGCUUUGACUCCGUUCUUCUGGCUUUUCGAGGAGAGAGAAAAGUUGAUGGAAUUCUAUGAAAGGGUUUCCGGUGCCCGUAUGCACGCCGCGUACAUUAGACCUGGUGGAGUAGCAUUGGAUCUUCCACUGGGAUUGCUGGACGAUAUUUACGACUUUUCGGCGAGAUUCAACGAAAGAAUCGACGAGGUUGAGGAUGUUUUGACUCAAAACAGGAUAUGGGUCCAGAGAACCGUGGACAUCGGCCGUGUUUCCGCCGAGGAUGCUUUGAAUUAUGGCUUCAGUGGAGUCAUGUUAAGAGGAUCUGGCAUCAAAUGGGAUUUGAGGAAACAACAACCCUAUGAUGCUUACCAUUUGGUCGACUUCGACGUUCCAAUUGGAACCAAGGGAGACUGUUAUGAUAGGUAUUUGUGCCGUGUGGAGGAAAUGAGGCAAUCUCUGAAGAUUAUCGAUCAAUGCUUGAACCAGAUGCCAGCUGGCGAGAUUAAGACGGACGAUGCUAAAUUAAUGCCACCGAGCCGUACAGAAAUGAAGAACUCCAUGGAGGCUUUGAUCCAUCACUUCAAACUUUUCACCCAAGGAUACCAGGUGCCUCCAGGCGCUACUUAUACCGCCAUCGAAGCGCCGAAAGGUGAAUUCGGAGUUUACUUAGUGUCCGAUGGUAGUUCGAAGCCGUACAGGUGUAAAAUCAAGGCUCCCGGUUUCGCCCAUUUAGCCGCCAUCGACAAGAUCGGCAAAAACCACAUGUUGGCCGAUAUCGUCGCCAUCAUCGGUACUCUGGACGUAGUGUUCGGAGAAAUCGAUCGUUAGAUCAAUUCAAAAAUCUGAAUUUUAAUUUAAAUACUUUGGAAAUUCUGGAUCUGUAUUCUCAAAUGAUUAAGUUAUAUUGUUGUAUUAAUUUGUAAGUCGCAAAUAUAACUACAAAAUUAUGUAAUAA